ACAGCAUAGCACAGUGCAGGGGCGUUUUUGUUCACUCUGCUUCGCAUACUCCGCCACCAUGCAAGCACUUCACUCACCCACUCUUCGCGUUUCCCCUUUGGAUCCUCUUCGAAAAUCCGAAAAUGCCGCCAAGAGAACACGCGUUUCCUCCAAGCGCGUGUUCUUCGUCUCCGCCACCGUCGCUCCCAAGCUCUCCGCUCCCCAACGCCAGAAGGACCCCAAAAAGCGCGUCGUCAUUACCGGCAUGGGCCUCGCCUCCGUCUUCGGCAAUGACGUCGAUGGUUACUACGGGAAACUCCUAGCCGGCGAGAGCGGCAUCACCCCAAUCGAUCGCUUCGACGCCUCCAAGUUCCCCACUCGCUUCGGCGGCCAGAUCCGCGGCUUCUCCGCCGAGGGUUACAUCGACGGCAAGAACGACCGGAGACUCGACGAUUGUCUACGAUACUGCAUUGUCGCCGGAAAGAAAGCCCUCGAAAACGCCGAUCUCGGCGCCGAUAAGCUUUCAAAGAUUGAUAAGGAACGCGCUGGUGUUCUCGUUGGGUCUGGGAUGGGUGGUUUAACGGUGUUUUCUGAUGGGGUUCAGGCUUUGAUUGAAAAAGGGUAUCGAAAAAUAACACCUUUUUUCAUUCCUUAUGCGAUUACUAAUAUGGGUUCGGCUUUGCUUGGGAUUGAUCUUGGUUUCAUGGGUCCCAAUUAUUCUAUAUCCACUGCUUGUGCUACUUCGAAUUAUUGCUUUUAUGCUGCUGCUAACCAUAUACGGAGGGGAGAGGCUGAUUUGAUGAUAGCGGGUGGGACUGAAGCUGCCAUUAUUCCAAUUGGGUUGGGGGGUUUUGUUGCUUGCAGGGCUCUUUCUCAGAGAAAUGAUGACCCCAAAACUGCUUCUAGGCCUUGGGACAAAGACCGUGAUGGCUUUGUCAUGGGUGAAGGUGCUGGAGUUUUGGUAAUGGAGAGCCUGGAACAUGCCAUGAAGCGAGGUGCACCUAUUAUUGCUGAAUACUUGGGAGGUGCUGUUAACUGUGACGCGUAUCACAUGACUGAUCCAAGAUCUGAUGGACUUGGUGUGUCUUCUUGCAUUCAGAGCAGCCUUGAAGAUGCUGGUGUGUCACCUGAGGAGGUCAACUACAUAAAUGCACAUGCAACUUCCACUCUUGCUGGUGACUUGGCAGAGAUUAAUGCUAUUAAAAAGGUUUUCAAGGACACUUCUGGCAUCAAAAUUAAUGCCACUAAGUCUAUGAUAGGUCACUGCCUUGGUGCAGCUGGGGGUUUGGAAGCCAUUGCUACGGUGAAAGCCAUAACAACAGGGUGGCUGCAUCCAACUAUCAAUCAAUUUAAUCCAGAACCUGCAGUUGAUUUUGAUACAGUGGCAAAUGUCAAGCAGCAGCAUGAAGUCAAUGUUGCCAUUUCAAAUUCAUUUGGAUUUGGUGGACACAACUCGGUGGUGGCAUUUUCUGCUUUCAGGCCCUGAUUGCCCAGCUUGUCUGCACUUUACUUAGAACACGGGCUUAAAUUAAUUGAAAUUUUGUUCUCUCUACAUCAUUGAGGCUAUUUUUUCUAUUUGAGUCCAUCGUAUAAAAAUGCUGUAGGCCUGUAGUUGUUCGUUUUCUGCUAAUUGUGACUCUUGACAAUUAGCUUUAAGGGCUGUUUUGUUGUAGAACUUUUUGAACAUAGCUCGAAGAUUUAUUUAGUUUGGAGGUAUACAGCGGAUAGAAUGCCAAAAGAGCUUCUAUUCUUGAGCAUUCCUUUUUGUUAACUGAAGAUAUUUAUUUAUUGUCAGGCAUGUACUUGUGAUACUUGCUGAUUCCUAUGAAUCUUUGUAGCAUCAGGUUUUUAUUUGAAAUAGUCAUUGGCGGAUACGCUAUAAU